AUGGCCGAGGCACCUUCAAGCAGAGAGCAGAGAUACAAGUCUUUCGACGACUCAUGCACCGCACCAUCGAGCACGCAUCUAUAUGAAGGCAACACCCAGCCUCUAGAGCAGCACCUAGAUGAGUCCGAGGGCUUGAGGAAACUUUUGAACACCGAACUCUCCACCAUCGACCCCUCAGCUUCUGUUGCACGCUAG